UAUAGUUAUUUGUCAUGUUGGAAAGUCCACAACUGCUGGAGUCAAGUUCGUUGUCUGUAAGAAUGCUUGGUCAAUAAACCUGAUCUGAUUUGUCCAUCUAAUUUGUCCAGUUGUCCACGAACCUCAUCAUCACUCGAAUGACUCGAUGAGGUAGCCUAGUAGGUGUCAUGUCACAGCUUCUUGGCACAUACUGCCCACCGUAGUUUUUGGACAAGCGAGCACUAUUAGUUUGAAUGCAAUAUACAAUUGUACCACUAGAUGGGAGUAAUUUUUACACAGUGUCCCUUUAACCAAUGAGAGGGACUGUCUGCUGAAGGAAGCGGAGGGUCAUUCUCAGUCCAUUUCACAAGACGUCCUCAGAAUAGAAAAGCUCAGCGAAGAAAACAAAACGAUAUCAGAAAACUUGGAGAGCAUCAUUGAUACCUUAAAGAGUCAGGUAGCAGGUAGUGUCACGGAGAAGGAGGAAGCCAUAAAUCUACAGAGCCAACGUUGCAAAGAGGAGAGUCAGCAGAUUGUUGCGAACAUGAGGGAGACCAUUGAGAAGCUUGAGCAGGAGAAGAAGUCUGCUGUGGAGCAGGCGGACACGCUCAGGAACAGCCUGUCUGAGUUCAAGAACAACGCAGAGUCCAAGUUCACACAGAACCACAACACCGUCGUGUCUCUGCAGGACCGCCUGCGUGACCUCGAGCGUGAGAUCUCCGAGAAGAACGAGGCGUUGCAGCGUUUGACUGCGAACAUCAACAAUCAGUCCAUCAGCAAGUCUGAGAUGGACCAGGCCCUGAGCGAGAAGGAGCAGCGGGUCAGCGCACUCGCCUCCGAGCUGGAGAGCUGCAACGGCAGGCUCUGCGAGCUUCAAGACCAGUCGGCCUUAAAGACGAAAGAGUGUUAGCAACUCUCGGCCAACCUCAAGCAGCAGCUCAGUGACGGGGAACACGAGAAGAGAGAGUUCACAGAACAGCUGCAGCAGAUACAGGAGCAGUUCACACACAACAGCCAUUUGUUCCAGGAGACGGAGGGCAAGCUGCACAUCCUGGAGAAGGAGAACCACACUUGUAAACCUGAGCUUGAGGCUCAACGGGUAGAGUUUGAGAA